AUGCCUGCGCGCAAAGCACUCAACAUCGGGUGCUGGAACGUGCGCACAUUACUGAACCGGAACUCCAGCGAGCGCCUCGAGCGACGCACUGCACUGGUCGCGAUGGAGCUGGCGCGCUACCACAUCGAUAUUGCUCCGCUCAGUGAAACUCGGCUCGCUGAGCAAGGUAAGUUACAUGAAGCAGGUGCUGGCUACACAUUCUUCUGGGUGGGGAACUCCGCCUCAGCCCCACGUGAACGUGGGGUCGGAUUUGCAAUAUCCGAUCGCCUCCAUGGCCAGCUGGUGGGUGAACCAACGGGCAUCAGCGCGCCACUGAUGACUGUUUGCCAACGACUCGGAAGAGGUAAGUUUGCUACUUUUAUAAGCACGUACGGUUCGACCAUGUGUUAUCCUGAUGACACGCGUGAUCAAUGCUACACUGAGCUAUCCUCCGUGAUACGGUCUGUGCCGAGCAACGACCGACUACUUCUGCUGGGUGAUUUCAACGCGCGCGUUGGGCGUGAUGCAUCAGAGCGGACAGAUGUCAUCGGUCCGCAGGGCAUUGGUUCAGCGAAUGCGAACGGCGACACGUUACUCUCACUGUUUGCCACUCACGGCCUGACGAUCACAAACACUCGGUUUGCACUGAGUGCGAGUGAUAUAGCAACUUGGACGCAUCCACGGAAUGGUCACGCUCACCUGCUCGACUAUAUCAUCGUACGUCAGCGUGAUAUGCGUGAAGUGCGCAUGACACGUGUACUACGUGGAACUGACUGUGGCAUUGAUCACAAGUUGGUUCGGACCAAACUGUACAUAUAUUUUCGUAAAUCUACGUAUUGCACCCGCGCCGUGAAUCGGCGUAAAUUUAACAUUCUCUCCCUCGGUACUUUAAACAUGGUUGGCGGCAUCCGGUUUCGGAUUGGCCUGUCACGGUGGCAAGCCACAGGACGCUUGCGCCUACAGAGGGUCCACGGGUGGCUUGCGCUGCACCACUCACAGCUCCAACCACACACACCAUAUCCA